ACUUCGUCGUUUUUUUACGAUUUUUAGGUUUUUUACAUAAUACCCUUAUCUGUCACCAAGGAUCCUUUUCUGAACUACCGCCAUCAUGCAAUACAUACAUGCAAUUGAAAAGUAACGCUGGUGGCGGAUGAAACCACUAAAUAGUUGUUCUAUUUACCUUUUCUGACCUGUAGUUUUUUCGGCGUUUUUAUCAAAAUAAAACAUCCAUAGAUACGCCACUGAACAAAAGUCGACAAGUCUUGUCACAGACUGACAGUUUCGCAUAACCUAAAAACCAAAAGUUUAAAAACGUAAAUAAUAAACUUUUAAUAAGAAGCUGUUUAUAAAUAAUUCCAUUGUUGUUUGAACGCGUGAGACUAUUUAGAUAACAUAAUUCAUCAUUACCGAAGGAACGUGAGUGGUAAACAAGGACUGUGUCCUUUCAACACCUACUUUAGCCUUUCAAAAAAUGGAAACAAAUACAGCUGGAUGGAUAGGCCUAAUAUCAGUUUUAUUUAUCUCUAGUUUUGGAGUAUUAUGGCUUACUGCAGCCGUAAUUAGUAUUACUUUAUUUGUUAUUGGAUGUGCCAGCUUUCUGUACAUACAACAAGGUGAUAUAGGAAAAUUCUAUUCAAAAUGUGCUGGAAAUCCGUUAACAUCAAGUUUAUUGAAUGAAGGAGGACUCAAGCAAGUGGUCAGACAACUAGAAAGCCCAAAAAGACAACAAAAAUGUGAUAGUAGGGUCACAGGGAGUGAACUGAUAGAUAGCUCACUUCAAGAGAUUUUAGGCUACAUCAUCAGAGAUUAUGUUGCUUCAUGGUAUCGGUACAUCACUAAGGAUACAGAAUUUACUGAGGCUGCUGUUAGAAAAACUGCACAGACAUUUGCAAUCAACAUUUCUAAUAGGGUCAAAGAAGUGGAUUGGAUUCCAUAUCUUACCCAGCGUCUCGUGGAUGACGCUGCAACUCAUCUCAGGCUGUACAAACAGGCUAGAACCAAAAUGAAACUCCAUGAACAAGAAAGAGAACAGAGAAUGUUAUCCCAAAGAGAACAGCGGUCUCCCAAGAAAACUGUUCACAAACGGAAUAAGAGUGAAACUGAUGUUAGCUGGAGUUCCGGUCGUCAACUGGACAUGAAAAGAGAAAUUGAAAGAUGUGUUGGUAACUCGAAAUUCUACUCGUCUGACAAAAGUAAUAUGACUCUAGAAGACUAUUUUUUCGAGCUAGAACAACAAAUGGAGAAUAAUAAACUAUGUAGAGAUGUCGUCUGUCGGAAUGUCAGUACCGAGAAGGAGUUCUUGAGCGAGCUGAUGGAAGUACUCCUAUACAUAUUGCUGCCCGACGAAGAUUUUCAGUGCAAACCCCUUCGUUUUGUGUUACGAGAGAUAUGCGCGAACUGUGUUAUUUUACCACUAUUUAAUUUGGUCUCUGAUCCUGACUAUAUUAAUCAGGCUAUUAUUUGGCUGUGUCUACGCGAAAACCAGUUGUCAAGUGAUGUGUUCCUUACUACACUGAGAUUAAGCGACAACUGUGAUGAACUUAAGAGUACCAAAGAGUUUACUCUUGAAGAAAUCAAUUCCUUGAGAUCUAGGGACUCUGGGGGCGAUAGUGAUCUAUCUGUAAAGCAGCAACUGAGUAGUUUAAAUUAUGUGGUAAAGCUAAUAGAUAGCAAAUUGUCUAAAAUGGAAAAUUUUGCCACAUCAUUGGAAAACCAGGAUCUGCAGCUCGAUAGUAUUAAAAAAAUUAGUCUUACUUUAGAUCAGAUAUUAAAAAAUAAUAUAGCACUUUCAUAUUUAAUAGAUUUUGUUUCUAGUCAGGGUAAACAGUUGGAUUUAUUUUUUUAUUUGAACAUUGAGGCCUGGAAAGUAUCUGUAGAACAGCAAUUAUCAGACAUACAGUUGAAUAAAUCAAAGACUAGUGCUGAAAAUGUUGCUGUUGUAUAUGAUAAUAUCAGGUCGACUGCGUUCAGUAUUUUUGAACAAUAUUUGGGUGAGAAGUGUGAGAACCGAGUGCAGCUAAAAUCAACAUUAGUACAAACAUUGCAUUUCAAAAUAAGAAACUUGAACGAAGUCCCUUGUGCCUCGUGGUUUGACAAAGUGCUCGAAGUUGUAUAUGAGAGAAUGGAAACAGAAUUUUUACCGCCAUUCAGGAAGAGUAAAGCUUACUUCCGCCUGCUACAAGAGCUUGAUUUAGUACAACAAACGAAUAAUGAGGAAGACGUGCUUAGUGUGAACAGCAACGAGAGCUUGGAAAACAACGACACUCAGCAGUCAGCAAUGACGUCUGCGCAACAUGUUGAGAAGUUUGACUUUCUUACAGUCGAUUACAACCAAAAAAGUGUUAAGCACGUGAGAUCGCUCAGCGAUGUUACAACGUUUACAGGGAAAGCAGAAGAGGUAAGACUUUUUGGAUCUAGUCAAGAAAGGAAGGUGAUAUUAGGCGAGGACGUGAAGGAACCUGAGAAAAAAUGUGAUGAAAGUAUGUAUAAAACUGGUGAUUAUUCUCUAACGGUGGCUAUUAUUGAGACUGGUAUUGUUUGCGAGAAAGGCAAAACCUUCGGCAUUUAUGCAAUAAGAGUUAACAGGCAAUAUGAGACGGGAUAUAAAGAAGAAUGGCAUAUUUAUAGGAGGUAUAGUGAUUUUCAUGACCUGUAUACUAAGGUCAAGGAAAGGUACCCUAAUUUAUCGAAGUUGCCAUUUCCCGGUAAGAAAACAUUCCACAAUAUGGACAGAGCAGUAUUAGAAAGGCGGAUGAAAAUGCUAGGAUGUUACAUGAAUGAAUUGUGCCAUAAUUCGAUAUUAUCCUCAUAUCAUGGAUUGGGAGAUCUGCUGAUGACAUUCCUGGAGCAAGGAGAAUACGACCGAGCUACUGGUGGGCCAAUAUCUAGCACAAUUGAUACUUUAGUGAAUCCAUUAAAGACGGGAAUGAAGACUAUCAGAAAUAUGCCAGAACAGUUGAUAAAUACCGUAGAUGAAGUUGUUGUAGGUCUAACCAAAGUAUUUCAUGCAAAACCUGGCAGGAUUCCAGAGGCUAGCAAAGUUGGUGCAUCUAUAGAAGAGACUGAUGACAACAUACCAUUAAGGAUAAUGUUGCUACUGAUGGACGAGGUGUUUGAUCUUAAAUCUCGGAAUCAGUGGUUACGCAGACGAAUUGUUACAUUACUUAGGCAAAUUGUGAGGACCAUGUUCGGUGAUAUAGUUAAUAGGAGGAUAUUGGAUUAUGUGUCCAUCAUCACUAGUCCUAAGAAGGUCGCGCACUACUUAUAUGUAUUUAAGCAAUCUUUUUGGCCAAACGGAGUACGGAGUGACAAAAAAGUCCAGAGGGAUAGUGAUAUCAAAAAUAGAACUAGAGUUGCCGCUAAGAUCGCAUUGUUAUCCUGUUUGUCAGAUGAACUGAAACACAUAAUAGGAUCUGAAACGACAAGACGAGGCCUGCUGACGGUGUUUGACCUAUUCCAAAGACCAGUCUUGAAUCGCAGGUUGCUGUAUGUACUGCUGGAAGGUGUUGUCAGUAAUUUGUUUCCUGACAAAGAUAUGAACAAGCUGUUCAUAAAGAUGUACCUCAGCCAAAGGAAAAAUAGUCAAAUGACUAGGUGAUAAAAAUCCUUGUUUUAAUGUUAUUUCAUAUACUAUACUUGGUAGGUAGACAUCCAUGUGGAAUUUUCAACCAGUAUAUUCUCGGAUGCUUUACAGAACAUACAACGUACCAAGGUAUAUUUUAAUUUCAGUUUGAAAGACUUCAGGAAUUUCAAAUAUAUCUUCAUUUUAUAAAAUUAUUCUUCUACUGAUCUUUUUUAUAUAAAUUUCUUGUAAUUAAAUGGGUUUGGAGUCUAAAGAAGCACAGUUAUAAAGUUUAAUUAUUUAAUUUUAACUAAUUUAAUUAAUAGAUGCUUAUUUUGGUUAAGACAUUGUAUAAAAUGAGCUAUUUAAACUAAUCCCCCAACUUCAUUCGCACAAAUAAAUUAAAAAUAAAGCAUUCGCACAAAAAAAUUAAAAAUAAAACAAGAACAAAAUGAUUUGAUAUAUAUUUAAAAAACUAAUAAACAGUCCUUUCCGUCUUCGAUUAUCAUAAGGGCAUCUAUUUUUUUCACAGAAAAAAAUUAGAUGCCCGAAUGGUAUUUGACAAGACUAAUUCAUGAGUAACAGAUUAUUCUGCAUGCUUAUAGCUUACAAAAAAUACUACCUAUUAUCCAUGCAUACAUAAUAAAUUUGAAAAUGAAAAAUCGGUAAUUUAACUCUUUCAGGGGCAAGUGAGCUCGGUUAAAAAUAACCCUAGAGGGGCACACUUUUUCAGCUCGUACAGGUUACUACAUGAACGACAAUAAUAUCAAAGCUUGUGAAAACGUUUUUCCUUGUACUUUUCUUGUAUAAUUUUCAAAAAUUCAAGUGGUACGAAUAAUGGACAGUGUAUAUAGUGUAUAUCUAUGUAAAUUAUUGUUUAUUAUGAAAAUGUUGGAAACAUGAUUUAGUUUUUCCUAAACAUAGAUACACCUUGCAAACAGUACACAUCCAAUCGGUCCGAAUCUGUUUUUUUGAAUUGCUGCAGUAGGCGCAACGCCGUCUGGUGGAUCUUUGUGGUUGAUGAGCACUCUCGGUUGUACGUAUUUCAACAGGCACGUAUGGUUUUGACUUCUUAAUUGCAAUUGGUUCUGAGCUAAUUGAUGUCCUUUUCAGUUGAACAGUACGAUUGUCCAAAAGAUAAUUACUACUUGUCUUCUGAAAUCCUUCAUCGAUAGUUCUGGCAAAUUCAAUUCUUUAUACAAAACAAAGGAAUUUACAACCGUCAUAUCCAAUAAGUAGAAAAAUAUACGAUGCCACCACUUUUUUGAUUUGCGGUCGAUUUUGUAGACAUUAAGGUUUUGAUCGAACUUGUCAACAAAAUUCAUGUUCUUGUUAUAAUCCAUUAGAGCAGCUGGACAGGAAACCUUUCAAAUGGAUCCAUUCUUAUCUCUCCUAUCAACCUCGGCAACAGCCGUGGGGCUGUGAAAAUUAGAUAAUAGAUGAACACUUCGUUUGUCUCGCCAUUUUAUGGCUACAAUGUUUGUGUUAGAAGUGAAGGUUUGAGAUUCGCCACGUUUGAAGGACUUAUCUGGCUUGAAUAUAGGAAGAAACUUCCUUUUCACGUUGACUGUUCCACAUGCGUGGAUAUCCUUCGCUUUCAGAUAUUCUAACAGUGGUACACUGUUGAAGAAAUUGUCAAAAUACACUAUAUGGUGUUUUGCCUCCAUACCAUCUAGUAGAUUUUUCACCACUCUAGAAGCCUUUUUCUUCAUCAUCAGAUUUUCCUGUAUAUAUUUGGAAUUUUUGACAAUAACCAUUUUUGUUAGCCAGUAUCCAAACCUUGUACCCCCUUUUAAUUGGCUUUUUGGGAAGAUAUUGUUUCAAUGAAUGCCUUCCCUUAAAUUUAAUCAUAGACUUUAUGCUCACUUCUUUGGUAUGAGCCAUGCACUUUUCACAAUUUUUCGACAGGCUAUCCAGAAGUGGUCUCAGCUUAGUAUAGUUUAUCGUAGCCUUGCGCUCCCUUUUUAGGCAUCAGAAAAUUAUCAUUCAAAUGAAGGUUUAAAAGAAACCAACUAAAAAGUUUAACUGACAUCAUUGAGCUUAUAUAUACAUCGUUCAGAUCUGGGCAGCUACUACAAUAAUCUCUAUAGCUGGGACUUCUUUUUAUCCCCAUCAAUAAAUUUAUACCCAAGAAAACUUUCAGAUCCGAUAUAUCUAUGUUUCUAGGCUUAUUAGAUGUUUGAUGGCAAUAUAAAUUAGUUUGAAAAACUACGUCUUCUAAUACAGCGUCGGUGAAAAAAUGCUGAAAUAGUUUUCCCGGAGUAGGAGAAUCCAAAUUCUUCACUACAUUAGUUAUUCCUGUGUCAGCAAUGAAGUCUUCUGGUUUUUUUGGUACUCUGUCUUUGGUCCAAUCACGAGUGUCUUUAUUUUGUGCCAUCUUCAUUUGUAAAACUGAGAGAGGACAGUCGCAAUCUGAAUCUGAUUCGCUGUCAGACUGCAAAAUAUUGGCAAUAUGGAAUAAUGCUCAUUAUCCAAUUGCAGAUAAGGCUUAAUUGAGUUGGCUGAACUGUGGUCAGUAAUUUUAAUUAAUUUUUGUUCACCCACCCCUGCUUUAGCCAGGUUACUGACUGCUGUCGACCGCAUAGAGUGGUUUGUUAUUUUUAUUUCUUUUGUAUUUAAUCCUGCCUUCUCUGCUGCUUCUUUAGUCCAUUUCGAAAGUUCGUUUUUUCCCACUGGAGUGUUUUUGUACCAUCCACUUGAUUGCUCUUUGAUAUUGUAAUUUUUGGUGACAAUGGCUGUCAAUUUUUGCCGCGGGUAAACUCGAAAAAAUUGCUGACAGGUGCUGUCAUACAAUUUUUCCAUCUAGAAAAAAUUUGUAAUUCAAAAUUGCGCAUUUGUGAUUGGUAGAUAUUAAAACGAGGGAAAUAGAAAAAACAAACUAAAGCGAACUCACCAAUUUACUUUGCAUCAUUUAGACUACUACGCGGUACAGCU